GUGUGUGUGCAGAGAGGGAGAGAGAGAAAGAGAGAGAGAGCGCGCAACAGACUGAGCCCCUAACACGGAGCAUGCCUCUGCGUCCGGCAGCCGGCAAACAUGAGCCACCCAGCCCUCCACGGCAGGACCAGCAGCAGCAGCAGCAGCAGCACACACACACACACACACACUCACACACACUCACACACCCUUACACACACGCAGCAAACGGCAGCCACGGGGCCAGCACUGACAGCAGCAGCUCCCGGGAAGAGGACAGCAGUGUCCCUGUUCCUGUCAGUGUUCCGGCUUUCUGUCCCGCUGCGCAGCGGAGCCACAGUGCAGGAGCACCCAUGGAGGAACCCACAGGCAAUACCGUGGUCAUCCGCAUUGGUAUCCCAGACCUACAACAGACGAAAUGUAUGAAAUUCAAUGUGGAUGCUCCCAUCUGGCUGUCCAAACAGCGGAUCUUGUGUAAUCUCAACCAGAGCCUGAAAGAUGUUCUCAACUAUGGCCUUUUCCAGCCGGCUUACAAUGGCAAGGCUGGUAAAUUUCUGGAUGAGGAGAGACAGCUAAGGGAAUACCCUUUCCCAUCCAUCGCCCCUGUACCUUAUCUGGAGUUCCGCUACAAAAGACGUGUGUACACACAAACUUACCUGGAUGAAAAGCAGCUCUCAAAGCUCCACACCAAGGCAAACCUGAAGAAGUUCAUGGAGUAUGUGCAGCAGAGGAACAAUGAAAAGGUUUCAAGGUUCCUGGAAAAGGGCCUGGACCCCAACUUCCAUGAUCCAGACACAGGAGAAUGUCCAUUAACGCUGGCAGCACAGCUGGAGGGAUGUGCCGAGCUCAUCAAGGUGCUCAAGAGUGGAGGGGCUCAUCUGGACUUCAGAACAAAAGAUGGCAUCACUGCCCUACACAAGGCUGUGCGCAGCAAGAACCAUACGGCACUGAUCACACUGUUAGACUUGGGUGCAUCACCUGACUACAAAGACAGUCGGGGGUUGACUCCACUCUAUCACAGCUCAAUGGUUGGAGGAGAUCCGUACUGCUGCGAGCUGCUGCUGCACGACCAUGCCCAGGUCGGCUGUGUGGAUGAGAAUGGCUGGCAGGAGAUACACCAGGCGUGCCGCUACGGCCACGUGCAACACCUGGAACACCUGCUGUUCUAUGGCGCUGACAUGAGCGCUCCGAAUGCAUCUGGAAACACUGCGCUGCACGUGUGUGCUCUCUACAACCAGGAAAGCUGUGCACGAGUUCUCCUCUUCAGAGGGGCCAAUAAAGAAGUCAAGAACUACAACAGCCAGACUGCCUUUCAGGUGGCUAUUAUAGCAGGAAACUUUGAUCUGGCUGAAAUCAUAAAGGUCCACAAAGUAUCAGAUGUUGUACCUUUCAGGGAGACGCCGUCCUACACCAGCCGCCGUCGUGUGAUUCCCGGCCCCCUGCCCUCACCACGUUCCUUGCUCCGAUCUGCGAGUGAUAACAACCUGAACGGGGACCACGAUCACAUCCGCGGUCCGGCCCCUCGAGAGACACGCGGCCGCCAGGGUCACUCCCCUGUCCCCUCGCUGCGCAGUCUGCCAGCUCUCGGGCAGCAGCACAGCAGCCUCGGAGAGAGUCGUCAUGGUGAGAUGCCUGACAGCAGUCUCCAGAGCACCGGCAGCUCCAGAUCCUCGCAUUCCCGCUCGCCUUCACUACAUCACAUGCAUGAGGAGGACAAGCCCGUUCCCAGAAGGUCCCACAGCCAUGGCUACCCUCACGGACAUGGACCUCGUGGUAGACUCAGCCCCGGCUCAGUGCAGCGAGACCCAAGCCCCCCUCACCAUACCCCUCCAGCGUUGACAGGCCCCCGUGGGCCAAAAAGGAAACUCUACAGUGCUGUCCCAGGACGUACCUUCAUUGUGGUUAAACCCUACACACCACAGGGGGAGGGAGAAAUCCAGCUGAACCGUGGAGAGAGGGUCAAAGACUAUGACUGUAAUGACGUAGAAGCUACACAGGAGGAACAUCUGUAUGACGAGAUCAGACUGGCAAACGUCCUGUGCAUUGAAGACGAUGAGGAUUACUCUAAUAACAUUAACAAUGACGAUGAAGUGCUGAGUAUAGGAGAAGGAGGAUUCUGGGAAGGCACGGUCAAAGGAAGGACAGGCUGGUUCCCGGCAGACUGUGUGGAGGAAGUUCAGAUGAGGCAGUUUGACCCACGGCUAGAGACUCGGGAGGACCGCACUAAGAGACUGUUCAGACACUACACUGUGGGAUCUUACGACAACUUCACCUCAUACAGUGAUUAUAUCAUAGAGGAGAAGAACGCUGUUUUACAGAAAAAAGAAAAUGAGGGGUUUGGCUUUGUCCUGCGGGGAGCAAAAGCUGAGACGCCCAUCGAAGAGUUCACCCCGACCCCAGCGUUUCCUGCCCUGCAGUACCUGGAGUCUGUGGAUGUGGAGGGAGUGGCGUGGAGGGCCGGUCUGAGGACAGGAGACUUCCUCAUUGAGGUUAACGGGGUGAAUGUGGUGAAGGUGGGUCAUAAACAGGUAGUGUCCUUGAUCCGGCAAGGAGGCAACAGGCUGCUGAUGAAGGUGGUGUCUGUCUCGCGCAAACCAGAGUCUGAGGAGGUUAUUCGCAAGAAAGCUCCCCCACCACCCAAGAGAGCUCCGAGCACCACACUGACGCUGCGCUCCAAAUCCAUGACCGCUGAGCUUGAAGAACUGGCUUCUGCUCGGAGGAGAAGAGGAGAGAGACUAGAUGAGAUGUUGGCGUCCCAGGAGUCCAUGUUACGUUCUCAGCCCUCGGAGGCGGAUUACAGAGCGGCCACUGUCAAGCAGCGGCCUACCAGCAGGAGAAUAACACCAGCAGAGAUCAGUUCAUUGUUUGAGAGACAAGGGAUGACUCUACAUGGAGGUCUUCACACGGGCGUAGAGCGCGGUCACAUUCUGCUACCAAAGGGAAUGUCCAGGACCAAGUCUUUUGGUGCCACUGAGGAGGAUCGGCUGUCUGCGCUCGCAGGCGAGCACCGCUUUCCCCGCAGUUCCUCUAUGACGGACAGCCUCCGAGACCACUCGCAGCCCCAUCCCAUCCCCCCACCGCCGCAAACGGCGCCUCCUCCGCCCCCGUACUACCUAGACACUGGUCCACCCCCGGCCUUUUGCCCCCCUCCUCCCCCAUCCAGGACCCAGAGUCAAGGCCACGAGCCUGGAGGCCGCUCCAGCUUCAAGCCGUCCUCCCUGGACCUGCCGUACGAGGCGGCUCAGCGGCAGGCCACACACAUCGAGAGACAGAAGAAAGCUCGCUCCAUGAUUAUCCUCCAGGAUUCUUCACAUCUACCUGUAGAACCUACAGAAAUCCCUCGACCAUCUGCUGCUACACCACCUGAGCGCAUCAAGAGGAAAGGGCGGGUCAUUGACAACCCGUAUGCUAAUGUGGGUCAGUUUAGUAUUGGAUUAUACACGCCUACCAAGCCCCAGAGGAAAAAAAGUCCCCUGGUAAAACAACUACAGGUGGAAGAUGCACAAGAAAAAGCCUGUUUGGCCUUAGCUGCUGCCCACUCCCGAGAGAGCUCACCCUCAGGACGACACCCACACACCCAUGGGCACACACACACCAGCCGUGUGGACUACUACCAGCAGCAGCUGAUGGCAGAGCGAGAGCGCUUGCAUGCCCAGGGAGAGAUGCUGUUUCAGGGUAAGGGCCCCUUUGCUGCCGCCAUCGCUGGAGCAGUGAAAGAUCGCGAACGCCGCCUAGAAGAACGGAGGAAAUCCACAGUCUUCCUUUCUGUUGGGACCAUGGAGGGGGCGUCAACCACCAGCUCUGACGCGCCCUCUCUUACUCAGUCUCACUCCAUCGAUGAACGAAUGCUCACUCGAGAGCUCGGACAGCUGCCUCCCCCUGCCUUGGCCCUGAGCCCCUCGCCCAGUGGGACAACCUUCAUCCAUCCACUCACAGGAAAACCCCUGGACCCCAACUCGCCGCUGGCUCUUGCGCUGGCCGCAAGGGAGAGGGCACUGACCUCCCAGUCCCCAGCUAGCAGCCCAGAGCCUAGGACUAAACAGGAGCGGGCAGGCCAGGGCAUAAUAUUCAUUGACACUCAGACCAAAGAGUCUCCACAUGAAAGGGCAUCCACACCUCCCCCUUUCUCACCUAAAAGCACCAAGGCAGCAGGGUAUGGACUAGGAUCCUCCCCAGCCUCAGUUUUAGUUCCCCAACCAACCAAAACCCAGUGGACUACAUUAACGUCACCUGUUUCAUUUCGACAGGAGAUGGAGGCCAGAGUAGAGGAGAGGAAGGAGGAAAAGAGGCUAGAGGAUAAAAAAAGCAUGUUAAUCAGUAUUAUGGAUACAUCACAGCAGAAGACAGCGGGACUAAUCAUGGUCCAUGCUACCAGUAAUGGCCAGAGUGGUGGGAUAGGUUCAGAACUGGAGCAGAUCCCUGCCUCGGCAUCCGCAGAGCCAAGCAAAUCUCCAAGUCCACGGGCUAAAUCCCCUAGUCCCACAGUCUCCCAACCCAAGGCCCAGCCUCAAACUCAGCAUCCUGCCAGUCCAGCGCAAGAGAAGAGUCUGGCUCAGGGAAGCUCAGAGGAGGAUGUGGAUCCAUACACGGUGACCCUGCCCCCUGCGAUGUUGUCAUCGAGUGAUGAGGAAACAAGAGAGGAACUACGCAAGAUUGGAGUGGUACCACCACCGGAUGAGUUUGCUAAUGGGCUGCUGGCACAGGCACAAAAGAUGCUGGUGUCCCCAACUAAACCCACCACCUCUCCCACAACCCCGACAACAGCAACAUCCCAAACUCCCACCACCCCAACGGUGACCCCCACACAGUUUCAGCCUACCCAGCCCUCACCCCACCCCAGUGCAACAGCUGUCUCAGGGAAGCCCUCUGACCCUCUGGAGCCCCCACCAGUGGGCGAGUCUGGCUCUGCAGCUGAUUCAGGUGUGGAGGAGGCUGACACGCGCAGCUCCAGUGACAGAGAGCGAGACCACCACCUCGAGACCACCAGCACCGUCUCCACAGUCUCCAGCAUGUCCACGUUGUCCUCAGAAAGCGGCGAGCCCGCCGACACACACACCACGCACACCUCCUAUGCCGACGGGCAGACUUUUGUGCUUGACAAGCCGCCAGUGCCUCCUAAGCCCCGCCUCAAGUCCCAGAUAGGAGGCAGUAAAGGCCCUGUCACCUUCAGGGACCCUCUGCUGAAGCAGAGCUCUGAUAGUGAGCUGCUAUCACAGCAACAGGCUGCUGCUCUUGCUGCUGCUGCAGGCGGAGGACCCGGGCUCCCCUCAGGUGGUUCAGCCUCUGUGACUGGACUCGCUCCCACCAAGCCGCGCUACCUCUUCCAGCGGAGGUCCAAGCUGUGGGGGGACCCAGUGGAGCCCCGCGGGCCAGGAGUGGGUCUAGGUAUCGGGAGUUUGGGCAAUCUCGGUGGGCUUGGACUGGGGCUGGGUGCAGAUGAGGGAACAAAACCGUCUGUAAUGGGGGAGCUGAGUUCGCGACUGCAGCAGCUAAAUAAAGACACUAGGUCACUGGGAGAAGAACCACUGGGGGCGUCACUUGACCCAGGGAGGAAGUCACCUGUGACAGGUGCUAGACUUUUCAGCAGCCUAGGCGAGCUCCACACCAUUUCUCAAAGAAGUUACGGCACCACAUUCACCAUCCGCCCCGGCAGCCGUUACCCCGUCACCCGACGCACCCCCAGUCCAGGCUCAGGAUCUCCCGAUCGGGGCGAUCCUCUCGGGCGUUAUUCAGGCUUUGGCCUUCCUCCGUCACCGACUACACCACCACAGACCAUUCUCAAAUCCUCCAGCCUCAGUUUACCCCAGGAGCCUAAAGAGGUGCGCUUCGUAAUGAGGAGCUCCAGCGCCCGCUCCCGCUCUCGCUCCCCUUCCCCGUCACCCUCCCACUCACCAGGCUUGGGGUCGCCACUCUUAGCCCUGCGGCCCUUCCACCAAAAACCCCUUCACCUCUGGAAUAAGUACGACGUGGGAGACUGGCUGGAGAGCAUCAACCUGGGGGAGCACAGAGCAGGGUUCCAGGAACAUGAGAUCGAAGGCUCUCACCUCCCGGCUCUGACCAAGGAAGACUUUGCAGAGCUGGGAGUGACACGAGUCGGACAUCGCAUGAACAUUGAACGAGCACUAAAGCAGCUGCUGGAGAGCUGACCCCCGCCUACAUACAGAGCAACAGUUAGAAAGAAACAUCGGGAUAGGAGGUGGGAGAUAUAAGAAAGAACAAGAAAAGAUAAUUACCGCUCCUCUUUUACUCCUGCUGCAUCACUAAUGUCUACAUUUGGUUCCUAGCGACACUUUUCCCUCCUGUUCUGCAUUCAAUCCCUGCACCUGACACUGCUCUGAAGAGGAUGAGUGGAUAUGUCCGCCCCCCUCUGCUCAGCCCGGAGUGUCUACCCACCUUCAGUUAGAUCAAAAUGGACUUUCUUUGCCGAGGAGACUCACCUGAGCUCCACUGAAACAUUUCAUCCAUCCAGUUUGAUCUGCAUUUGCCUCAGUAACACCCACACUGUUCCCUCCUCUCCUUCUCUACCUCUCUCCCGCCAUCUCUUUGGGCCUUUGAAAGCCUUUUGCAGUUUGAGUCAAGGAGGAGAAGGAAGACUCUUUUUUUUUGGUUCCAAACAGAAAGCUCAGUUGCCUUUCAUAUUAUUUAUACAGAGAUCACCAGUGAUGAACACAGGACAGAGAGGAUCAUGCCGACACGGCUCUGAAGAGACACAUCUUCUCUGUUCCUGCUGUUGUUUUUAAACCGAAGACUUAAGGUGGAGCUCCACACAGUAAACCACGGGAGAAAACCCCUCCACCCUGGUACCCAGAGAAUGUUUAACCAACACUCGUGGCUUUUUUCUUAAUCAAAAAAACUUUUUUUUUUGGUUUUCCAAAGGGAAUAUUAUAUAUAGGUAUUAUAUAAUAUAAUAUAUAAAUGUAUCUAAAUAUAGCUUUCAGAAGAAAAGACAAUGUUGCAAAGAGGAAAUGUAAUAAAUGAAUCUUUGCCUGUUUUUUGGUUUUUAGUAUAGAAGGCAGAGCGAGAUCUUUAAAAUUAUUCCACCAAUAGUUUACUCAUUUCUACCAAUUAUAUACAUAUAUAUAAAUAUAUAUAUUUGAAAGAAAAAAAGUAUAUAGAUAUGGAAAUGAAAUUUUUGUCAUAGGUGUACAAUUUUUCCUUAUGGUCACCCUUUCUCGAAUCGUAGCAUGACAAGUUGCAUCAUGGUCUUGAAGCGAGAGUUUGUUGUUUGCUUUUUAUUUUUCUUACAGUCUUCCUUCAUACUAAAGGGCAUCCCAUAAUGUGAGGCUGAGACCCCAGAUGACACCCAUCCCUACUGCCACAGUUACAGACCUCAGCAACCUCUCUGAUCCAUCCACCCGGUGAAUAAGAAAGGGGCUCUUCAUCUCAUGCCUCUAAAUCACUCAGGGAUGGAAGUUUGGGGCACUAGCAUGAAGAGGCUGCUGGCUCUUUAAAUACGAUGCAUUUUACUUUCUUAACUGUAAGGACAUUUUAACGCCACCACAGUCUGAUAAAGUGUUACGAGGGCUAGUUAAAAUUUCCAUCCCUGCAAUUCCUGAGGGUGCUUCUCAGACUGGGCUGCAAGGUCUGUUCUAGUGAAAGAUGGUUGUUUGAUCAGCAGAAGGAAAACCUCAAAAAUCCAAAUGUGGCUAAAUUAAGCUUUAAAACUCUAGUGCGUAACUUUGAAAUGUAACCAAAUUAACCUGCGACAUUCAAAUCAGCUGCACAUGAUUCUCUCUGUUUCUCUGUAUAGCGGCGUUUUAGAUCUCAUGUCACCUGGUGACAUUCCCACGCUGCACACAGGAGUUGAGCGAGUGAACUAAGAUGAAUGUUUGACUGAAAACACAAAGGCCCCAGAAAAGUUUCCCACAAAGCUGUUGUUCAGCAGAUUCAUGGGAUAAAUAAGUGCACUGUUUAAUCGAGCUAAGGGCCGUAGUCUGACUAAGACAGGCAAUUGGACCACUUGCACUGACUCCGCCUCCAUAAGU